AUGAAUUCCCAAACAAGGCAAAACAUCACAGUAUUAACAAUAAUCGUUGUUUCUGUGAUCGGUGGAUCCUUUUUGUAUUUGAGUUCUAAGGAAAAGCAUUUCGAAAGUAGUGAUUGCGUUUUAUUAAGAACAUAUUCACAUUAUUAUGGGAUAUUUUGCUUUACAAUAGCAGCUUUGCUAAUGUUAGUUCACAUAUAUUAUUAUAGAUUAUUCUUAUUUGCCUCAGUUGCCUUGAAAGAUAAAAGCUGUAUGAUUGGAGUUGAUCAGAUUUAACUCAUUUCUGGAAUUAUUGGAAUUAUUUUUACCUUUUUAAUUGCUUACGCACUUUACCUUCAUGAACCAUGUGGAAACUUGAGAAAAUUCACAAUCCUAUAUUUUAUAUUUGCAAUGAUACUAUAUUGUUUAUAAUGCUUUGGAAUGUGCACUGGAUUAGGCAUAUUAGAAAAAUGA